CUUAAACCGUGCUGUUAACCACGGACUAAGAUAUUAACUACACGCCCAUUACCGACUACCGAGUCGUGUAGACAGUGUUGGCACGUGUGUAGACUCUAGAAAUUAGAGAAUAGAUAGUAGAUACCCCGGUCGCCCGGUCAUAUUUAACUUAUUUCUCUACUUAUUUUAACACCAUGACAAAUUAAAUUAAAUUGAUCUUGUUGGGUUAACACCGUCUCACGAGUCACGAAUACCGUUUGACGUUUGUUGAUUUUAUAAACUGUUAACACUUAGUCUACUACGACGAUGGACGACGCUUCCAUCAUCAGUUCGCUGACCAAGAUCAAGGUUCACAGCCUCAAACGCAAAGCUCCGUCCUCCGUCGAUUCUAAAAGUAAGCAAAAAAGGUUCAAAUCUGAUGACACGUGCAGUGAACUUUCCAUGACCACUUCCGAGGCGUACGGUAUCAAAAAAGUCACCGACGAUUUCGACCUAGAUGAUUAUCAACCCCUCAACACAUCACCUGAAAAGCCUGUCGAGUUUAUUCGAUUAGAUACAUCUCAACUAAAUAGAAAAAAUGGAGUUUUAUUUUCUGAAGAUCUAAAUGAUGACUAUGAAGUUUGGACAUUGCAAUGUCCUGAUGAUAUCGAUAUUAACAAUCUACUUUCACAAUCAAUCAGUUUCAAUGAACUUAGAAAAUUGGAAAUUAAAAACACAAUGUCUGAUAAAGUUGAUUUGAUACCUUACAGAAGUCAAGAAGGAACAAAUAUUACUAUUGUGACUCCUAGUGAAAGAACAAGCAAUUUAUCCUUGAAUGUGGUUCCUUUAGUUGGAACAUUAAUUAUGAGUAAUCGAAUUAAGAAAGAGAAAUUAAGUAACAGUAGCUUACUUCCAGUUGAUACUAUUGAAGAUGCGACCAGAAGAAGAUCAGAAUUAAUGUCAAAAAUUACUAAAAGGCUAUCAAAUAAAUAUGAUGUCAAUGCACUUAUGAACACAGACGUAAAACAAGAGUUUAAGAUGGAAAAAGAAUCACCUAGAAAAGUUAAAAAGAAUAAAAAAAAAUUGAUUAAUAAAUAAUAUAAUAUUAUGUUUAUUAAAUUAAUUGCAGUUUCAUUACUUUUAAGUUUUAACUACUAAUCUGCAUUAAUUUGUUAAAAAAUCUAUUAAUUUAAAGUUUAAUUAUAUAUACUUGAUAUAUAAAUGAGUUAGUAUUUAUAUUUUAAAUAUAUUAAUUAAAUUUUAUAUUGUUUACGCAUGGUUGGUUAAAAAUAAAGUGAUAAAUAAUAUUUUA